AUGUGGAGAGUAACACCAGUCGCCGAGGCACAAACUUCCAAGGAAAUACGUUCUGCCGGAGGUGUUGGCUUGAUCUCAGAUAUUUUAAUUUCGAAUCUUCGUUCGUCAUGCGCUAUCGUUUCUUCCAACGACGCCUCUUAUGUGCAUUAUCUAGUCUGUGAUCAUAUCGAAUGUGGAGAUUUGCCACCAAAGGAGAGUUACGACCAAGUGGUUACUGUGUUCUUCGUGAAAAGCUGCCUGCUGAACAACCGCAUACUGAAAAUCUCCAGUCACCCUCUCUACAGACCAAUACCCGCUGUAGAGGGAAGCCAAGUGUUUCUAAACACUGUUAUUGUCGUCAGCUGUUUUAUUGAGUACGAGAGACUGGUCUUGUCGGAGCUCAUAAAGAGAUUUGGUGGACGAGUACAAGAAUCGCUAACGAAACGAAGCAAAGGGGAAUUAGUGGCUGUGACCCAUGUGGUAGGUGGCAGUGAAGGAGAACGUGUGCUUGAGGCUCGUAGACAGAAGUUUAAGGUGGUAGAUCCAUCUUGGAUUAUCGAGAGCAUCAUCAACGACAAACUUUUGAAAGAGGAACUUUUUCCACUUCGGGUACGUCAAUCAUGA